GUGAGCUUGCUGAUGGGACAAAAAACGCAUUCGUCCUACGACGCGACGCACGCCAAUACGUUAAAUGCGUCGAUGGCGUCGUUACGAAAAUACAUGAAACGCGUGAGUGAGACGGACGUGAUAGUAUGGCACGAGGGCGACCUCACGCGCGACGACGCGAACGCGCUCGACGGCGCGACGAACGUGCGGUUUUGUCUAUUACGGAAAGAAACAGGAUGGGGCCGCCCGCCCUGGCUCAAGAAGAUGCCACCCUCGCAAUUCUCGGCAGGCUACCGCUUCAUGAUCCGCUUUUAUGCGGUCACGAUCUGGCCCACUUUAGAUAGAUUGGGCUACGAGUGGGUCAUGCGCAUGGACGACGACUCCUUCUUCCUGUCGCCCGUGCCGUACAAUAUUUUUGAGGACAUACGUCGUAGAGGAGCUCUCUAUGCCUACCGUACUUUAUCGAGGGAAUGCCCCGUGAUCUUCGGCGACUUUGUGGAAGAUUUUGUCGAGUACGUCUCACAAACGCAGCGUCGAUUGGCGUCGAUGCGCCGGCUGCUGGGUCCGAGGCGGAAGCAGCCCGGCGUCUCCUAUAAACCGUGGUACUGCCCGGGGCCCGGGCGGCUGGGCUUCUACAACAAUUGGUUCGUGACGAAGAUUUCCUGGUGGCUCGAGGAUCAUCGCGUCGCGGCCCGUGCUGAAUCGUCGCGUCGAUGGCGUAUCACUGGUUGAUUUAUGCGCAGGUCGCGGCGCUCAUCGGCGCCUUCGACCGCUCGAACCUGAUCUUCACGCGGCGGAGCAACGAUCUCAUCUUCCAGACGGCGGCGAUCAAGCUCUUCCUGCCGAAGGCGCGGCGGCGGCGCUACGCGGACUUCUCGUACCAGCAUCAUACCAUAACGAACGGCGCCGUGCUCUACGGCGGCAUCGAGAGCGGCUGGCGCGACCGCCGGGCGCGGCACACGCUCCGGGCCUACGCGCACAAGCACGUCGGCGCGCACCGGGAUCGAGACCCGGCGACGGGUCUCCGGACGAAUUGGACGACGCCGGACCUGAGGGUGCGGAGCUGCCACGUCCAGGAGCAUGUUGACGGCCCGUUCCGGCCGACGUACUACGUCGCGCCGCCGCACGACGCGACGCAGGCGCAUCGCCAGCGGCCGCCCAAUUUCAUCGCGCCCUUCUGCGGGCCGGGGCGCCGGACGGCUCUCGAGUGA